AUGGCCAUGUUCUCAGCUCUGGGCUUUCUUUUCCUCUGCCAGCUUUUGGCUUCAUCCCUCGCUCAGUCACCUGGAGCUCGUGGACCACCUGGACCUCCAGGACUCCCGGGGAAAGAUGGCACUGAUGGACCUAAAGGGAAAGCUGGAAUCCCAGGGAAGGCAGGGAAAUCUGGACUGCCUGGACUUCCUGGGAUCGACGGUUUGCCAGGUCCUGACGGGCCUCAGGGGAAGGCGGGACCUCCGGGACCACUCGGCGAUCCAGGACCUGCCGGACCGCCUGGACCUCCUGGCAGAGGGAGACCUGGAGCUCCUGGGCUGCCUGGAGCUAAUGGAUUGCCAGGUGGUGUAGGACCUCAGGGACCCCCAGGACCAGAAGGUCUUCCAGGACUUCCGGGUCUUCCAGGUCCAGACGGGCCGCCUGGACUACCCGGAGCACUUCCUGAGGGAAACGGAGACGUACUGUGUCCCGCUAUCUGUCCACCGGGACCCCCGGGGCCUCCCGGAAUGCCCGGUUUCAAGGGACACACUGGACACAAAGGAGACAAAGGAGAGUUUGGGAAAGAUGGAGAGAAGGGUAAACAAGGCCCACCCGGGCCCCCUGGAAUCCCAGGAACUGUUGGUCUACAGGGGCCUCGAGGUUUGAGAGGACUUCCAGGUCCACUGGGAGCCAUUGGCGACAGAGGUUUUCCAGGUUUUCGGGGCAAGCCUGGUAUUCCUGGGGUCGUUGGAAAAACAGGUGACGCCGGAGAGAAAGGACCCGUGGGCUUUAAAGGACCUAAAGGAGAAAUUGGAAAAAUAGGCCCUAAAGGUCUGCCUGGACCUCCAGGCCUGAAAGGAGAACCUGGCAUGCCAGGCAGAGAUGGCAAAGAUGGCACUCACGGAUUCGAUGGUGAAAAAGGUGAUAGUGGACGGCCGGGAGUUCCCGGAGAGAAAGGGCCUAACGGUUUACCUGGUUUGCCAGGAAAGCCUGGAGUGAAAGGUGUCAAAGGAUUUGUUGGUGAUCAAGGAAUGAUGGGAGAAGCAGGACCAGCCGGAGAACCAGGUAUUCCUGGUGAGAUUGGCAUUCCAGGAGAAAGAGGUGAAGCAGGACCCAGAGGCAUCGCUGGAGGCAUCGGCCUAACUGGAAAUCCAGGACCUCAGGGAGUCAAAGGAUUCCAGGGAAUUAAAGGUGCUAUUGGAGAGCCUGGUCUUCCGGGUCCAACCGGAUUCAGAGGAGACUUUGGAGAGAGGGGUCCAACAGGAGCUUCAGGACCGAAAGGCGAAAUUGGAAUGGCUGGAAGUGACGGCUUGCCUGGAGAGAAUGGAGAAACAGGUCCAUUUGGUCCUCCUGGCCAAAAAGGAGGGCCUGGGAAGCAUGGGGAGCUGGGUCCUAAAGGAGUAACAGGGCCACAGGGGGAGACCGGAGCAAGAGGGUUACCUGGAAAACCUGGUUUGAUGGGCUUCCACGGAGAACCGGGCCCUCCUGGUGUCGCUGGAAAGACUGGUGUAUCUGGAAAACUGGCGAGCGAACAACAUAUCAGAGAACUGUGUGGCUCAAUGAUCAAUGACCAGAUUGCCCAGCUGGCUGAUCGUCUGAGGAGGCCGUUAUCUCCGGGAGCUGUGGGUCGACCGGGUCCGGCUGGACCUCCUGGAAACCAAGGAGAAGCAGGAGCGAUGGGACUUCCUGGAGCUCCCGGUCCGCCAGGAUACAGAGGACUUCCAGGAGAUCUUGGAGAUCCUGGUCCUAGAGGUGAUAUCGGUGAACAGGGUGAUAAGGGGCCUGUUGGAAAAGCCAUUGAUGGGCCAGUUGGAGACCAAGGAGAACCAGGUCUCCAAGGAGUACACGGCAUUGUUAAAGACGGACGCGACGGCGCACCUGGAGAUCCAGGUAAGCCCGGAGAACCGGGCAGGGCGGGCAGCACGGGGCAUCAAGGACCCCCUGGAAUCUGCGACACAACAGCCUGCCAGGGCACAGUGCCUCACGGGAAAUCAUCCAACCCUAAAAACCAUUAA